UGCAAGAGAAUGCGAUGUAGUUACAGUGGCUGUCCUUGCCCACCUAGAGGACAGGAUGGUCCGAUCCGCUUACAUAAGUCUGUUUUUCCGGUGCGAAAAGGCGGGAGGAAUAGUAGCAUCCAUUCAACUCCCCACCAAGCCAAACCUCCACGUCAAGUCUUGUGCCUUGGUCCAGCGCUCGCGCCAGGCACACUCGACAUCAGCUACCGAUAUCAACAUUUAUUCCAGCUAGAAUUAGCCCGUAUUUUCGAACUACACCCACCGAACCAGCACUCUCUCGCCUCGGCGGCCUUCCAUCAUGGACAUCACCAGCUUCGUUGUCCAAGGCCGCGACAAGGCUCUCCUCUACGGCGAUCAUUCAACCUACCAUGGCCUGCUGUCCAAGCGACUUCUCAACACCCGAAAGAAGCUGAACAUAGCCACCAGAAACCGUGGCAAGUUCCGCCCCCAGGGAAAGCUCACCCCCGAGGAGGUUGCCGAGAACCAUGCAUAUGUCCACCUCCAGCUCCUCACCAGCGAACGCGCUUGGUCUCAAGCCAUGGACAUUAAAUCCACACGUUCUGCAGAAAAGAAGGGUAUCACCGGCAAAGCCCGAUCCCACAUUGUAUCCCGCUUGACUAAGGCCGCCCGCACCGCCGACGAGCUUGUCGACGCCCUCUGCCUGUCCGACAUUUCGGGCGCCACCCCAACCGAUAUCCUCGAGGCCAAGGCGUAUGCCGCGUUGAUUCGCGGCGCUAUGCUGUUUGAAAAGCAAAGCUGGGAAUCUAGUUUACGAAGUUAUGCGACAUCACGAAUUGUCUACAGCGUUUUGGCCACGGCCACCAAAGGCGACAUCUUCAAGGACCUACUUUCUGAGACUAUUGAUCCUUCGAUUCGGUAUGCCGCCUAUCAAUUGAACACUCCUCGAACUGUUGCCAUCCCCGUCAUCGCCCAACGGGCGUUCCCCAAGACCGACGCCGCUCUGGUUCAGGAGAUUAACCGAAUCGACGCCAACAUCCUCCAACAGGGUGAGACGGAUUCGAAGAAGGCAUCCCCUGGCGCUGAGGACGCACCUAAGACGCUGACCUGGCGCUCUCGGGAGGUCACCAUCGAGGAUGCCCAGAUUGCGGUUGCAUGGGGUUCCGUGCUCGCCGCAAAGGAACGACUUACUAGCAGCCUCGCGGAUGCCAAGGAGAGGCAACCACAAGAUCUGUCCGCUGCCUACGAUGAGAUUCUGUCGACGACUCAGGACGCUGUCGACGCUACCAAGCAGGCAAUCGAUGAGAUGAGGGCAGAGGGGGUUGAACAAGGUGAUCCUAGGAUGCAGAGCUUGCAGAUCACACGCACUGCAGUCAACUUUGAGAUGAUUAGCUGGAGAAUCGGCCGCAACCGUGUCCUGACUGGAAACCAGGACGGAGCAACCGAGGAGUACAGCCAACCCAGGAGAAGAAAGGUCAAGGAGGGUGAAGAGCCUGCCAAGCAGGAAAAAGAGCUUACACCUGGCAAGAAGCUUGCCAAGCUCAAGGAGAAGGUUGCUUUGUAUGCCGGAAUUCUGCAGAGCAUUGAGUCGAUCAAGGAAUUGCCCGGCGUGGCUAAUGACCAGGAAUUGGCAAAUCAAAUCGACUCCUUUGUCAAGUACUUCGCGGCUCUCAAGGCUCUUUCGGUCGCUCGCUCUCACGCGAUCAUUGGUAAUGCUGCAAACGCUCUGGGCCUGAUCCACCAUGCCUUUGGCCUCUCUGAGGAGUCACUGUCCAAGGUGCCGAAGUCUGCGGACGCAUCUGCCAAGGCUCCCCUAAACCUCACCGUCGCUCCGGAGGGCAUUGAGUUCCUCCGUAACCUUCUCGACGGUGAGCGUCAACGCCACCGUGCUAUUGUGCACAUCAACGAGCUGCGACAGGACAAGCAGGAGGACGCGGAAGACGACGUCAAGAGGCCGCUAGUUGAGACUCUGCUGGAUUACCCCAUCAACGGUGUCGAGCUGAACAACAUUGUCGAGUAUCCCCCCAAGAUGGCUCUGAUCCCCAUGAAGCCCAUCUUUCUGGACGUCGCUUGGAAUUACAUUGACUACCCAGGCAAGACCCCCGUCGUGGAGAGUCAGCCCGCCGCGAAGGAGGAGAGCGCCAGCUCCGACGCGCCAGCUCCACAAGAGCCUGCGAAGAGGGGUUGGUUCGGUUUCGGGAGGUGAUAGUCAAUAUAUUCCACACGGGGCACAUCGAGGCCACGGCUGUUUCCCAGCAUCCACUUACGGAUACGCACGACGCAUUUGCGUUCCUGUCUAGUUUCGCCCCUCCUUCGAGACAUGUCUUGGGCCUCUUGGCGCGGUUCUUGUCCGUGCCUCUUACAUGGUUACCCAGGCGGCGGACCUCCCUCCAUGAAAAGUCCAUUCCUAACUGGAAUGUGCCCUAUCAGACCUUCCGUGCCAACAAUCUCUGCUAAAAAUGACAUAACCGUUGUUUACUUCCUCUGUCCCAGC